AUGCUCGAUCCGGACCACCCUAUGCUGGCGCGCGUGCAGGAGGCGCUGCGGCGCCAGAUGAGCAAGGCGCGCGAGGUCAAGGUGCAGAGGCUGCAGGACCAGCGUGAGGAGUUGGCGCGGCAGGUGCGGAAGCGGGAGGACGUGGGCGUCAAGCUGUACCAGGCGCAGCAGCAGCUGGCCAAGCUGCAGAUGGGUCUGGAGAAGGCGCACGACAACGGUGCCCUCGUCCACCAACAGCGCGAGGAGGCGGAGGCGGAGCUCGGCCGCGUGCGGGGCGCGUAUGGCGAGGCGCUCGGCGAGUCCAAGGAGCUGCGCGGGCGGUACGAGAAGUACCAGUCGGAGCUGGACCAGCUGGCGGCGACGAUCCGCCAGGUCGAGGCCUUCAACGAGCAGAUGCGCUCCGAGAUAGCGGUGACGCGCCGUGCGACGUACAAGGCCGAGGAGGCGGUCUCGAAGCUCGAAGGCGACAAGCGCUCGCAGGACCACCUCAUUGACGCACUGUCGGAGCGGCUCAAGCGGGAGCAGGAGCAGCUGUCGCUCACCGAGGCGCAGAUCACCUCGCAGCGCAAGGAGUCCGAGGGCGCCCAGUCGACCUUGCGCGCCGCGUCGGAGGAGAUGGAGGCGAUCCGGUUCGAGAAGCGGCAGCUGCAGGCGCAGUGGAAGACGUCGCUGGUCGGGCUCGAGAAGCGGGACGAGGCGCUGCAGGCGGCGGAGGAGGCGAUCCGGAAGCAAGGCGAGCAGCGGAGGACGCUGGAGGCGCAGUCGGCCGGGCUGCGCAAGGCGGUGCUUGCGGAGGAGGAGGGCCAUGAGCAACUCACUUCCACGUCCAACAAGCUCGGGGCGGAGCUGCGCGGCGUGGAGGCGCAGAUCGAGGCCGGCCGAGAGAAGCGGGCGGCGGCCGAGGAGAGGGUCGCGCUCAUCCACAAGUCGCUCGAGCAAACGGAGGCGGAGAUCGCGCGCGAAGGCGCUGAUUUUGCGCAGAGGCAGAGGGAGGUUGCGGCCGUGGAGGGCCAGGUGCAAAAGGUGCAGCAGGCGGCGCGCAGGCUCGAGGAGUCGGUGCUGAGCAGCGUGGGCGAAAAGGUGGCGCUGGAGCGCGGGACGCACCACGCGAUGCAGGAGGCCAAGAAGGUCCGCCAGAAGAUCGACGAGAGCGAGACGGCCGAGGCGCAGCUGCGGAACGAGCUGGCGCGGCUUAAAGUGGACGGCCUCAACGUGCGGUCGCACUCGGCGCAGCUCGAGUCGCAGCUGGCGGAGCUGAACGAGGAGCUCGAGGAGGCGGAUGGCGUGGCGCGGCAGUACGAGGUGGAGUCGCGCCGGCGGGAGGUCGAGGUGGAGAAGAAGCAGCACGAGCUCGACGGGCUGAACCGCAAGUUCGAGGCGCUGAUGGAGAAGCGGGCCGGUGUGGCGGGGCUCGACGAGGACGCGGGGCCGCUCGAGGCGACCAUCGCCAGCCUGAAAAAGGAGAUCGGUGCUAAGGCGGCCGAUUGCGCCCAGACGCAGCAGCGGUGGGUGCAGAAGCAGGCCGAGCUGGUGGCGGUCGAGACGUCCAAUGGCGGAGUGGCGGACGCGAUGCACGAGCAGCGCAGCCGGCUUGCGAUCCUGAGGCAGAAGCAGCUGCGAUUCGCCGCGGAGCUGGAGGGCGAGCGCAAGGAGCGCAAGGCGGUUGAGCGCGCCUCGGAGAGCCAGCGGCUCGAGAUGAGCAAGGUGAACCGCGCGGCAGCGGAGUUCGAGGGCAAGCAGUCGGCGCUUGCUGAGGAGAACUAUGCGAUGGAGGCCGGCUUCAAGCAGCGGCUCAAGGAGUGCGAGGUGGAGGCGCUCGAGCUAGAGGCGAGGAUCAUCUCACUCAAGGAGGAGAAGGAGCAGUACCUGCUCGACGUGACCGAGGCGGAGAAGCAGGCGCGCCUCAUCGAGGAGAAGAUUGCUCUUCAGCGUGAGACGCGGGCGGCGCUCGACCCGACGGUUGGCGCGUCCGAGACGCGCGCGAUGCAGCGCGAGAUCCACCGGAUGCAGCUGCGCUACUCGCAGCUGCAGCGGCGGCAAGAGAUGAUGGUGGCCGACAUGGAGCGCAAUGUGUACAAGCGCGACAACAUCGAGGCCAAGGGGAAGACUGCCGCGGGCCGCAAGGGCGCUCCGCCGACGCAGGCGGCGCUGCGCAAGCAGGUGGACGAGCUGAGCAAGAAGCUGCGCGCGACGACGCAGGAGGCAAACGUGACCCAGCUCGAGGUCAAGAAGCUGCUGGCGGCGCAACAGGCGCGCGGCGAGGAGGUCGACCGCGCUCACCGCGCGUGCGAGGAGGCAAAGGCGGCGGCACGGGAGAUGCAGCGGGCGGUGGCAAACCAGGAGCUCGAGGCGCGGCUGCUCGAACUCCCCCUCCGGCAGCACGAGCGGCUGGUUGGCAAGCUGCGCGCGGCGGCGGACGGGUCGUACCAGCCGACCGCGCAGCUCAGCCAGCAGCUGGCGGAGAGCGAGGUAGUGGCGGUCAGGCUGCAGCAGGUCGCGAGCGAGCUGAGCGCGCACUUUACACACUUGGCGCCGCAGAUUCAGGCCGCGGUGGCGGCUACCUAG